CCUCAAUGCUGCGAACCCGCAUGCGCGAAAUGUUGUAUCCUGCGCAUCGGCUGCCCGCCUGUUUUCACUGAAUCUGACAGCCAGCAAAAGGGUCAACUGGGGAUCCCUUUUACGCUUGAUUUUAUUAUUUGUUGAAACCGUUAUAUAUAUUUACACAAAUCAAGGUUGUAGAAUGCAUCCCGUAUCUGUGUCAAUCCCGUCUUUCCGUUCAGAAGACAACGCCGCGGAGAAAGGCUACACGGUUUUUAAGAUCGAGGUGUUAACGAGCGGGCGGCAGCACACUGUGGAGAAGAGAUACAGCGAGUUUCAUGCUUUGCACAAAAUGCUAAAGAAGAUAAUUAAACCUCCUGAGCUUCCUUCAAAGCAUGUAAGGAACUGGAUCCCCAAAGUUCUGGAGCAGAGACGACAUGGGCUUGAGCUUUACCUACAGACCAUAAUCAUGGAGAACGAGGUCCUUCCUAAAAUAUACUUGGAUUUCCUCAACAUCCGCCACCUCCCGUCCCUACCAAAGGCCGAGAGUUGUGGGUCGUUUGAAACUGAAUCCGAGGACUCAUGUAAACUGACACAUCAGCCAGCACUGCUCUUCCUGAGGGACCCAUAUCUGCUUCCUGCCUCCAAUGAUACGUUUUCAAGCGUCGUCACUGAAGGAGUGAUUCAUGGAAUAUUCUAUCCGGACCUGCAGCCGAGGUAGACCAGCGCUCGCUCUCCAGCCAAAAUAGAACACCUCAGUUUCGUUUUAAGACAAAGAGGCAUUUAUACUCUAAUCGUUUUCACAACACUACAAGAACAUGGUCACAAAGCCUACACAUUUUUUUUUUUUUGCAUGUAUAAAGCCCAGCAUUGUGAAUUUAUAAAGCAUCAGCAACUUCGUUAAAACCAAGGGAAAAAAAGUUGAACUAAAAAAAUGCUGUGAAAAAUCGUAUCGGUCUGAUUUGAGCUGGGUGAUAAAGGGGGUUGUGAUGAAUGUCAUCAAUAAAUGAUUCUAUUAUUUGUUUAAAA